AUGUCGAAAUCACCGACUGAACAUGUGGAACUUUCGCAGACGAAGCUUGAGAAUGCCUCGGACGCCCUGUACGAGGCCUACGCCUCCAAGGGCCCUGAAUGGCACCAGCAGAUGACCCGACGAUUACUCCGAAAGGUGGAUCUGCAUCUCCUGCCCUUCUUGGUGGUGAUGUAUCUGCUGAACUUCCUGGAUCGAAACAAUCUCUCACAAGCCCGACUUGGGACAUUGGAAAAAGACCUGGGGAUGACAGGGACCGACUUCAACCUGGCGACAAGUAUUUUGUUCGUCGGAUACCUGCUCAUGCAGCUCCCGUCUAAUCUGCUGCUGACGCGCGUGAAGCCGUCGUGGCUGCUGGGUGGUGCAAUGGCGAUCUGGGGCAUAAUAUCCGCAGCUCAGGCAGGAACGACCUCGUUCACCGGGUUGGUUCUUGCGAGAUUCUUCCUAGGGUUUGUGGAGGCGCCUUUCUUUCCGGGGGCGAUCAUGUUGAUGUCGAGUUGGUAUACCAGGCAGGAGCUGAGCCAUCGAAUUGCCUGGUUCUACGCCGGCAGCUCCCUGGCCAACGCGUUUGGCGGCCUCAUAGGCGCGGGUGUACUGGGUAAUCUGGACGGGGCUCACGGGAUCGCGGGCUGGCGAUGGCUGUUCAUCAUCGAGGGUAGCAUCACAGUCGGCGUAUCGCUCUUCUCGACCGUCUCGCUUCCCAACUACCCGGCGACCACUUCCUGGUUGGACGAGACUGAACAGGCCUAUGCUCAGUGGCGUCUCAUCAACGAUGCCGGCGAGGCCGAUGAUACAAACGCCGCCAGCAUCAAGGACGCGCUGGCGAUGGUGUUCCGGGACCGCCGAAUCUAUCUCUUUAUCCUGCUACAGCAUAGUUCUUUGCUGUCGCAGACUUUUCAAUACUUCUUCCCGACGAUCGUCAAAACACUGGGCUACGGGAGUAUCGAGACCCUGCUGAUCACUGCGCCCGUGUGGAUUGCUACGUUCCUUGUGUCCCUGUUGGUGACCUGGACUUCUGGACGGACGAACGACCGCAGUUGGCACAUCAUCGGGUUGAUGAGCGUGAGCGCCGUGGGUUGUAUCAUCUGCACAGCCACGACCAAUAUUGGUGCCAGGUUUUUCGCCAUGUUUCUGAUGCCCAUGGGCGCUGUGUCAGCUUACCAAAUCAUCAUUGCCUGGGUGGCCAACUCAUUCCCCCGGCCGCUGGUCAAGCGCUCGGCAGCUAUCGCGACGGCCAAUAUGAUCGGGAACACGGCGACGAUUUAUGGUAGUUAUAUGUGGCCUUCGUCGUCUGGACCAAGAUAUGUCCCCGGGGGUAGUGCGACCGCGGUGGUUGCUGUUCUGGUGGCAGUGCUGGCGUGGGUGAUUCGGAUGGUGCAUGUGCGGAUGAACAAGAGGCUGGAGGAGCAGGAGAGGGACCAUGAAGUGGAGAAUCCAGGUUUCCGAUACAUUCUGUAA